AUGACGACGCCAGCGCCGGCGGUGCCGGCCACAGCAGCCCGACUGGUGCAGGGGGUGCAGUGCGACUUCAAGCGGUUUGGGGAAGCCGCGGACAAGAAGAAGUGCGUCCUUGAAUUUGCGGAUGGGGGCGUGUUCUCCCGCAUUCGCAAGAGGGACAUUGAGGAGCCAAAGCCGGCGUUCAUGCCGGCAGAUGCCACGCCGGCCUGCCGCCCCCAGCCGGGGAACCCCACGGCGCACUUCUUUGUCGUGCACAUCACAAGCAAGCAUUCGGACAGCAAGAUUGGCGUGGGCAUUGUGCCGUGCUCGACGACGGAGCAGAGCACGUCCAACACGAGCAUGCAGGAGCACUCCAUCCGCUUCUACUCCGAUGGCCGGCUGUGCAAGCGGCGCCAGUUCCCGCUCAAGCAGCUGCCGCCAGCCAACAAAGGUUCUCGAAUCCUCGUUGUCUUGGACUGGCAACGAGGCAAGGUCAUCUUCUUCGUUGGCCACCAAUCCGACACACACAUGCAUGCUCUUUCCCACGCGGCGCAGCUGUACUCAUACCAGCAAGUGUGCACGUAUGCUCUCUCCCCUGACAUGAGCAAUGGCGUGAACCCGCUCGUUCUCCUGACAUACCGUGGCGUGGAGUUUGUGCAUGAGCAGGAGUCUGCAGUGAAGGGCUUGCUUCUCGCCAGCUACAUGUCUGACAUCUCGCGCCACGACGAGCACGUGCAUCCCCUGCCAGACACGCAAGAAGUGGGCGUGAGCACGGAUCCAGCGGACCUAUCGGAAGCCGACGCCGCCAAGGCACUCAAGGAAUACGCACGUGCACCAUUCAAAGACGUCCUCGCCGCCCAACAAGCAAAAUUAUUAUAUUCUUGA